ACUGCUACCGAUCGAUCGCUAAACAGUUCAGAGUGGGAAAGUCGACUGUUGGAUGCGUGUUGACAGAAGCGUGUCAGGCCAUUAAUCGCAUCCUGCUCCGAAAGACCAUGACUUUGGGCAACGUGCGUGCCAUUGUGGAUGUCUUUGCACAGAUGGGCUUCCCUAACUGUGGAGGGGGCGAUAGAUGUGAGCGAAUACCCAGCCAUUCCCAGAUAUGGUCCAGCAAGCCCAUUUAAAGGACAUUUAAGUACUCAGAGUAAUGCUUUUUGCAUUGACUCCUCCCGGAGACUAAAUAACCAGUACCUGAUCAGGGAUCACAUGGCUGUUCAUUAUAACAAAAUCCUUUCAGCCAAAGCAGCCGUAGACUGUUCAGUGCCAAAAAGCAGGUUAACCAGCAUCAAAUAGUUCAUUUGAAGCAGAAGCCAAUGACCAGCUAUCUCCUCAAGCACAAAAUGCACAGAAAUAUUUGUCUAGAUCAUUAUUGUCUUCGGAGAGGCAAGGCCUGGAUCUUCCCAACCCUGCAAAAUGUGUUAGAAAAGAUACUCGGAAAACAUCUAAUGCCUCGAUCUCUAAUUCAAGUGUCAGUGUUUCAAGUCCACAAAGAAAAUACUCUGGAGUUUCAUACAGUUCUUCUGCUGAAAGUGUUAUGAAUAUCAGUCCUUCUCACAAGCAUCAGGAUACUGAAUCAAAAGUGUACAGCGGGGAUCUCCUAGAUAGGCACUCUGACCACUUUACUGACAGCCAUCAACCGUUCACUCCACGCACCUUAAAAUCAGAUGCUAAAUCCUUCCUGUCACAGUAUAGGUAUUACACACCUGCUAAAAGAAAAAGGAAGGAUCCCCCCAAGCAGCAGGUGGAAGCAGAAACACAAACUGACUUGAGCAGUUUUCAAUCUGAGGCCAGAGAACCUGAGAGAAAAGAUACUACCAUACUGCAGAAGAUCAUAACACAGGCUGAAGUCACAUCUGCUCCAGAUGAGUCUGAGGGAAGGAUGGAUCCUUUUCAGUACUCCUUGCCAAGUGUGACAUCCAUGUAUUCUAUGGAAUCCCCAGCAAUGAGAAAAAUCCCGGCUGAAGAAGAAGAGCUUCGGUAUUUGAGUUUCAUUGAAGAUGUAACAGAUGAAAUUCUGAAGCUUGGAUUAUUUUCCAACAGGGUUUUGGAGAGAUUGUUUGAGCGUCACAUAGAGCAAAAUAAACACCGUUUGGAUGAGAACAAAAUGCGCCACCUACUGGAUGUCCUCAAAGUCGACCUGGGCUGCAGCACAGAGAAAUCUGAGAGAGUCAAUGGCAGCAUGGAAGUGAUUGACCCAUUUGAUCUGGAAAGAUUUGAGACCUUGGACCAGCUCCAAUUUACCAGUAAAAAUUGGAAACAAAAUAAGACUACAAAAAGUGAGGAGUUCCUAAAAGCCAUGGCUUUAUUAUCAAAGGAGACAGACAAACUAAAACACCCCAUACACAGUGAAACUUCAAAGCAGAUUCAUGACAAGGAUAUCUUUUCAAAAGAUAGAACUGAAGUGGCGAGUGUUGGAACAGAUCCUUACUCUUCAGUGCAAUCUGAAGAAGCCCCAGAUAUUUCACACACAUUUGAGCCAACACUGAACUCAACCACGUGUGACAGUGACUUUGAAUCAAAUAAGGAACUUGAUGAUCUUGAGGAAAACUUUGCAGAGGCCCUUCAAAUUUCCUCUAUGUAAAGUAGUAGACAAGACUAGCUGCAGAACAGGACAGUAGACUGUUGCAGAGAGCUGACGUUUGUUAAAUAAAUGCUAGUGAAUCAUUCAUUUUA